AUGGAAGAUAGUGCACUUAAGGAGUUGGCCAAGAAUUCCAUGCUAUGUGUUAGAAUGGAAUUUGAUUCGAAGGAAGCUGCAUAUGAAUUCUACAAUGAAUAUGGAAGGAUUGUGGGAUUUAGUAUUAAAAGAGAUUACCAUACAAAAAGUAAGAAAGAUGGUAUCAUGAUUAAUAUAAAGUUUGUUUGUUGUAAGGAGGGAGAAAAGGAAAAAGAUAAACGGUACAUAAUAGUAAAACAUCCUCAACAUGAGACAAGAACGAAAUGUAAUGCAUUCGUGUAUAUAUCUUUUAGACGAGACUUGUCAAAAUGGGUUUUGAUGAAGUUUGAUGAUAAUCACAACCACCUUUUGCAUAUUCCUCAAUGUACGCAUAUAAUACCAUCUCAGAGAAAGUUGUGUAAUGCUCAGGGUAUAAAUGUUGAUGUAGCUGAUGAUACUGGUAUAUCACUCAAGGCAUCACAUGAUCUUAUUAACGCCUUAGCAAGAGGGAAGAAAUUUGUAGAGUUCACGCGAGAGGACCAAAAAACCUACUUGCGUGCAAAAAGGCAACGAAACUUGCAAUAUGGUGAAGCAGGAAGGUUGUUGAGAUAUUUCCAGCAACAAGCUAUUGAAAAUCCAUAUUUUUACUUUGCAUUUCAGUUGGAUGUUGAUGAGAUGAUUACGAACAUUUUUUGGGUUGAUCAUCAGAUGAUUACAGAUUAUGGCAUUUUCGGUGAUGUUGUGUCAUUUGACACAACAUUCCGAACAAACAAAGAGUACAAUCCACUUGCUUUAUUUACUGGCUUUAACUACUUCAGAAUGACUGUGAUUUUUGGUGCUGCAUUAUUAUAUGAUGAAACUACAACAUCAUUUGAGUGGUUAUUUGAAACUUUCUUGCAUGCAAUGUCAAGGAAAAAACCUGUUAGUUUUUUCACAGAUCAAGAUCAGGCAAUGGCUAAGGCAAUUUCUUAA